AUGCCUAGCAGAGAUUCAAAACGUAAUCAAUAUGGUAAUUAUAAUAAUUAUGGAUAUGCUAAUGGACGCAAUGGUGGUACAUCACGGAAUCAUGUAAUACCAAGUGAACCUCCAUUUACAGCUUAUAUUGGUAAUGCACCUGAUUCAAUGGUACAAGGUGAUUUUGAAAAACAUUUAUUUGUUGGAUUGAAAGUUAAACAAGUUCGAUUAGUACGUGAUCGACUUACAGAUAGAUUUCGAGGUUUUGCUUAUGUCGAUUUUGAAGAUGAAGAAUCAUUACGUCGUGCUAUUGAUUUAGAUGGAACCUGUAUUAAUGAUCGUCCAAUUCGAAUUGAUGUUGCUGCUCGACCAUUAGGCGCAACUAAAUCCGAAGGAUUUCGAAAUAAACCUGGAUUUGAAUCUCGCGAUGGUCGUCGUCAUCCACCGGGAAAUAACAAUAAUCGAUCGAAUGAUAGAUUUCGUCAAGGUGGACGUCGUAAUAAUAAUUAUAAUCAACAAGAAAUUUCUCAAAAUGUUACUGAUGGUUACAAUAAAGAUGAAUCUUUUAAUGAACGAAAUUAUUAUUCAUCAACAUCAGGUAAAACUCGUCAACGUCAUCAUAGUCAAAAUCAACAACAAAAAGUAUCUAAUGAUGAUGUUUUUAUUGCACCUGAUACACCAGCAUCAAAUGAAGAUACAAUUGAUCAGACAAAUAAUGAUCAAAGUACAACAAUAGUUCGACAAGAAAGUCGUAAUUGGGCUGAUUGUCCUAUUGAUGAAACUGUUUUUGAAUCAUCACCACCAGCAAGUGCUAAUAAUACAUUUACUAGUGAUGAUUUUCAAUCUCGUACAAAUCAACAAUCAUCAUCAUCAUCACAUUCUAUGGGUAAUCAAUCUACUCGUAAUCGCAAUAGUGGUAACCAUUAUCGUGGAGGAACAUCACAUAUGGUUGGUGGACGUAAUUAUAGUGAACAACUUCCAACGCAAUAUUUAAAUCACCCUCAACAAUUUUAUUAUCAACAACAAACACCUCCUCAACUUCAUAUGGGUUCAUCAUAUCGUAUGAAUAAUAAUAAUAAUAAUAACAAUAAUAAUCGACAUCAACCAUCAUCAGGAUCACGACAACGAUUAAAUUCCAAUAGGUCAAAUAGUAGUCGAAAUUAUAAUGAUAAUAAUGGACGUAUUAAAAAAGAAACUAGUGAAAGUUCAAAUGAUAUUGAUAAUAAUUCAGUACCAGCUGAAAAUCGACCACGCUUACAUCUAUUACCUCGUUCACAAAAACUUUCGUCAUCAACCGAUGAUAAUCAAACAACAGAACCAUCAACACGAAAUUCGAGUAUUUUUGGUUCCGGUAAACCACGUGAUGAACGUGAUCCAAAAUUGGCUGAGUUAAAUAAACAUAUUGAGGAAGUAGUUGAAAAAGAACAACAUGUACCUGAAACUAAUUUGACUACAUCGAAUGGAUCAAUAGAUGUUGUCGCCAAGCCGGUGCGAAUUUUAACGGCAGCAAAGGAAUCAUUGGUUGACCAUUGA